CACACACACACACAAUCAACCGCGACGGGUUCUCCACAGCUCUCAGCCAACCCCAAAAGAGAGAGGGAGAUGAGCAGUAGAUGAGAACCUGGAGCAGAUAGAAGGGAAAAGAAGAGCUCAGGGUUGGACAUUUUGGGAUCUAGGGGUGGGGAGGAGAAAGGGAGCGCGCCUCCUUGAUUUUCCCCUCCCCACCCCUCUUUGCUUUUCUCUCCCCUUGGCUGGUAUAGGAUUUUCCUGAAGCAGCAGCAGUAGGGGACAGAAACCUUUAGUCUAGAAAAGAGGGUUGGAGAGGUGGCUGGAGCUCCUAUCAGCUACCUAGCCUGAGGGUGCGUGCCUGUAAGAGUGUGAAUGCGGUUUCUUUCCAUGCUCACCCCUCCACACACACUUCUCUUCCUACCGGGAUAUCAGUUAGCCUCAAUUUCCCGGUGUUGGCUUCUCCGCUUGCUCUUAUUGUUUGUGGCCUGCCGCGUGAAGCGGGUGCGUGUGUCUGAAGGGACUCAGGUUGGGAGAAAGAGCUGAAAGAGGACAAGCGAGAGCAGAGCAGGAGCACCACUGGAGCGAAGAGUUUCGGGCACUGGUGAAGGCGAAAGGUGAGGAGAUCUGGUCAGAGGGAAGUUUGGCAGUAACUGAAGAGCAAAGGGGGAAGCCCAGGUAGGAGUCAGUCCUUGGGUCCCUCUUGGCACCCUGAUUCCUCUGCCUGUGCUCAACCAUCCACCCACACGGCAGCCUCCAGACCCGGGACUGUCCCAGGCGGCUGCCUUUUGCGCGCCGCGGAAGAGGAGUCCAGGAAGGCUGUCGCACCACGCGCCCUGGUGCACGGACUCCAGACAAGGCAAAUCUGAAGAAAGCUCUUAGCCUGGGCUUUCUAAGUUGAUGUGAGCCAUGGCCCAGCUGUACUACAAGAAGGUCAAUUACUCACCUUACAGAGACCGCAUUCCCCUGCAAAUCGUGAGGGCUGAGACGGAGCUCUCUGCUGAGGAGAAGGCCUUCCUUAGUGCCGUGGAGAAGGGGGACUAUGGCACCGUGAAGCAGGCGCUGCAGGAGGCUGAGAUCUACUACAAUGUCAACAUCAACUGCGUGGAUCCUUUGGGCAGGAACGCCCUGCUCAUUGCCAUCGAGAAUGAGAACUUGGAGAUCAUGGAGCUACUGCUGAACCAUAGCGUGUAUGUGGGAGAUGCAUUGCUCUAUGCCAUCCGCAAGGAAGUGGUGGGCGCUGUGGAGCUUCUGCUUAGCUACAGGAAGCCCGGUAGAGAGAAGCAGAUACCCACUCUGCUGAUGGACACCCAGUUCUCUGAGUUCACACCAGACAUCACUCCCAUCAUGUUGGCUGCCCACACCAACAACUAUGAAAUCAUUAAAUUGCUCGUCCAAAAGCGGGUCACUAUUCCACGGCCCCACCAAAUCCGCUGCAACUGUGUGGAAUGUGUGUCCAGCUCAGAGGUAGACAGCCUGCGCCAUUCAAGGUCCCGACUGAACAUCUACAAGGCUCUGGCAAGCCCCUCACUGAUUGCCUUAUCAAGUGAGGACCCCAUCCUCACUGCCUUCCGGCUGGGCUGGGAACUCAAGGAGCUAAGCAAGGUGGAAAAUGAGUUCAAGGCCGAGUAUGAGGAGCUCUCCCAGCAAUGUAAGCUCUUUGCCAAGGACCUGCUAGACCAAGCGCGCAGCUCCCGAGAACUAGAGAUCAUCCUCAACCAUCGAGAUGACCACAGUGAAGACCUUGACCCGCAGAAGUACCAUGACCUAGCCAAGCUGAAGGUGGCAAUCAAAUAUCACCAGAAAGAGUUUGUUGCUCAGCCCAACUGCCAACAAUUGCUUGCCACCUUGUGGUAUGAUGGCUUCCCUGGAUGGCGGCGGAAGCACUGGGUCGUCAAGCUUGUGACCUGCAUGACCAUUGGCUUCCUGUUUCCUAUGCUGUCUCUUGCCUAUUUGAUCUCACCCAGGAGCAACCUGGGGCUCUUCAUCAAGAAGCCCUUCAUCAAGUUCAUCUGCCACACAGCUUCCUACCUGACCUUCCUCUUCAUGCUCCUCCUGGCCUCUCAGCAUAUCGUCAGGACAGACCUCCAUGUGCAAGGGCCUCCCCCGACUAUUGUGGAAUGGAUGAUUCUGCCUUGG